CAGUCCGAUUUUCUCUUAUGUUCCAUGCCUUCUAAGUACCUAUGUAGGUACCUAGAUACCUCCUAACCUCCAUCACGCCUUCAGUACCAAAGGUACCUAGUGUACCUCUUGAUAGGUUCACAGGUACAUACCUAGGUAAGUACCUGAUAGGUAGGCAGAUACCUCUGGUGCCUUGCAUCUUUCCACCUUUCGCCUCCUCCUUCGUUUCCGUCCACAACCUUUCUACUCCCCCUGCGCAUGCGUCCCUCUAGAAGUUCAGCAUCGCCGUAAAGAUGCCGCCGAAGAGGAAGGCUGCGUCUAAUGUCACAGGUCCUGCGAAGUCGGGAAGGGCAUCAGCCGCCUCGACACCUGGCCCUUCUACCCCUCGAUCGAUUGACAGCGAUGACGAGGCAGCCUCUCCAGACGGACGUACGGAGGAGGAGAUAAAGCUGGAAGAGGAGAACAAGGAAAGGCUAGAUAAGGCCAUCGAUCGCUUUUCGCUCGCCGCAUUUCAAGACACGACGAAUCGCGAAGACGUAGAUUUCGCGACGAGGCAAUUCAAGGGGCGCGAUUACUCAUACUUGCCCUUGAAGCCCGAUUACAAGAAUCGUCCGAUCUUCAUAGAUCCCAGAAGAGGCCGAAUCAUCCUCGAGAACUUCAGCCCUCUGGCAGAGCAGGCUAAAGAUUUCCUGAUCACCGUUGCCGAGCCUCUGUCCCGGCCGACCUUCAUCCACGAAUAUGCCCUCACUAGUCAUAGCUUAUACGCGGCUGUUUCUGUCGGACUGCAGCCUCGAGACAUCAUCAACACCCUAGAUCGCUUCUCCAAGACGCCCGUCCCUGAGUCAAUCUCGAGCUUCAUCGGUAGUUGUGCCUCCAGUUACGGAAAAGUAAAACUGGUGAUCAAAGAUACCAAGUACUUUGUCGAGAGCACCGACCCCGAUGUCCUGCAGAAGCUAUUGAAAGACCCCAUUAUCGGUCCGUGUCGGGUCCAGGGCACUGAAACCGUCACGAGUGCUCCUUCGAUGGGCGGCCUCGUAAUCCCUGGAACUUCGAACGCCGCCGGGAUGCAGCAGGCACAGCUGAAGCCGGGCGAAAAGACACAGACGGACGCAGCUGAUCGGGCGCGAUCUCAGAACCCCUUCGAUGCCCUGAGGGAGGACGACGACGAUGACAACGAAGAGGCCGUUCACGCUUUCGAGAUACACGACACCAGUAUUGAGGUGGUUCAGAAGCGUGCUCUAGAAAUCCAGUAUCCCAUGUUAGAAGAGUAUGACUUCCGCAACGACGAUCGGAAUGCGAAUCUCGAGAUCGACCUACGGCCAGCCACGCAAAUCCGGAGCUAUCAGGAGAAGAGUCUCAGCAAGAUGUUCGGGAAUGGAAGAGCAAAAAGCGGUAUCAUUGUCCUACCUUGCGGUGCGGGGAAGACCUUGGUUGGGAUCACCGCCGCGUGCACUAUAAAGAAGGGCACCGUCGUGCUCUGUACAAGCACGAUGUCGGCUAACCAGUGGCGCAACGAAUUCCUGAAGUGGUCCAACAUCAACCAGGACGACAUUGCCCUGUUUACGUCCGACCACAAGUCCAAAUUCCCUGGCAAUACCGGGAUUAUUGUCACGACGUACCCCAUGGUGACGAAUUCUGGCAAGAAGAGAGCGCAUGACUCGCAGAGGAUGAUGGACUUCCUAACCGGUCGAGAAUGGGGGUUGAUGCUGCUAGAUGAGGUCCAUGUCGUGCCGGCCAAUAUCUUUCGGAAAGUGUCGCACUCGAUCAAGAGCCACGCCAAACUCGGCCUGACGGCGACGCUGCUUCGCGAGGACGACAAGAUAUCGGACUUGAACUUUCUUAUCGGACCGAAGUUGUACGAGGCCAACUGGAUGGAGCUCUCCGAACAGGGCCACAUCGCCAAAGUUCAGUGCGCCGAGGUAUGGUGCCGUAUGCCGACCGAAUUCUACGACGAGUUCCUCAGAGCGACCGACAGGGGUCUCAUACAGAAUUUAUACGUCAUGAACCCGCGCAAGAUCCAGGCCUGCCAAUUCCUCAUCAACUAUCACGAGAAGCGAGGCGAUAAGAUUAUAGUGUUUUCGGACAACGUCUAUGCUCUGAAAGAAAUCGCGCUGGCCCUGAACAAAGCCUACAUCUGCGGAUCCACGAGCAACGCGGAGCGUAUGAUGGUGUUGGACAACUUCAUGCACAACCCCCUCGUGAAGACUAUAUUCCUGUCGAAAAUUGGGGAUACGUCUCUCGAUCUGCCGGAAGCGACCUGCCUAAUCCAGAUAUCGUCGCAUUACGGGUCCCGUCGUCAGGAAGCGCAGCGGCUAGGUCGCAUCCUGCGAGCAAAGCGGAGGUCGGACGAGGGCUUUAACGCCUUCUUCUAUUCUCUAGUCUCCCGAGACACGCCAGAGAUGUACUACUCGACUAAGCGCCAGGCUUUCUUGGUGGACCAGGGAUAUUCCUUCAAGGUCAUUACAGAACUUUCCGGCAUGGAGCAGAUGGAAGGCCUCGCGUUCCGGUCGCCGCAAGAGCGGCGCGAGCUGCUUCAGAAGAUCGUAGUCGACACGGACUCGAAGAGGGCGGCGGACGACGACGACAUCACGGACGACCUCUUCUGGGCGCCCGGGAUGAGGAGAAAGAAGAAGAAGGGAGUCAGGCGGACAGCCGGCACGCUCGAGGAGCAUAGCGGCGGGGCGGACAUGGCCUUCAACGAGCAGAGAAUGAGCGCCAAUAGGGCACUGAAGAAGAAGUCGGGACAGAGCAAUACCUUCUUCAGGAAGAUGGCCAGGGAGAAGGAGAGGCUGAAGAACCAGCGCUGAUUGGCGGUGGUGAAGAAUGUAUCACUCUGAGGGAUCGGGAGUUCAGCGGGGAGGGGCGGCAGGUUCGGAAUGGCGCGGAAUGGGGAGCAUACUAUACAUGUGCAUUACAGAGGUCGCGAAUACGCCACCACACAGGAAUAUACCCCCGCGGGAGAGGGAAGUCAAAUUUUCACUGCCGGGGAGGCGAAGCGGGAGAGACGUAGUCAGUACCGCAUC